CAACGCUGAUUUACAUAAACUUUCAGGAGCCCAUAACGUCUGGUUCUCACGUCUUUCUGGAGUUUAGAACCACCACAGGGCACCGAACUGUAGUAGUUCGUUCCAACAAAAAAAAAUGAGAACAUUUUGAGAUGGUGACCGUGAGGCCGAGCAGACGCCAGAGAGAAGCUCCAUGAGGAGACCCAGAACCCUCAACCUCUUAGAAACUCCUCUGUGAGCCAUCAGGGUCACGCGGGAUUGGACUGAACUCACACGUCAUGGUUUCAAACCUGGUUCUGAUGGACUGCAGUUAUCACAUCACCUCACUUUCUAUCCACCUUCACCUCCGAACGUAGACGUCACACGUCGGUUUUUUUUCUUGGGGGGGGGGGGUCCUAAUCCUUCCUCUGGUUACAUUUAGCAAACCAGAUUACUGAAAAAAGCGGAUUGUUACCUGAUUUCUGACGCACGCGCAAUUAAUUCUACAGAUGAUGGCUCCUCUCAAAUGAUCGGGACUCUAGAAAGUUAAUCCCGCUCAGAUUAUCGGGGUUCAGACAAACCUGAUUCCUGUGAGAUUAUUUACACCAAAACCGCCCGCAUUUCUGUUGCGCGUGCGUGUGGAAACUAUUUGUACGUGUGAACGCGUGCUUGGGUAUAUUGACACUGUCUUUCCUCGGUGUCCCGUGCGCUCUCCUCCAGUGGCGCGCGCCUGCUCGGUGCGUAAAAUGACGGAGCUGCGCCUCCACGCGCGCCUCCCUCUCCGCCUCGCGCACCGGCGCUCGUUCCAGCGCUUUACAGGAGCGUCGCGCCGCAGCAUGGAUCCGCUCGGGAACGGGUCGGACGGAACCGGCGCGUGCGUGAACUGCAGCUCCAACCAGUUCGUGCAGCCCGCGUGGCAGGUCGGCCUGUGGGGCGCCGCGUACUGCGGCCUCGUGGCCGUGUCCGUGCUCGGGAACCUCGCGGUCAUUUGGAUCAUUCUGGCGCACGAGCGCAUGAGGACGGUCACCAACUAUUUCCUGGUGAACCUGGCCUUCGCCGAAGCCGCCAUGUCAGCCUUCAACACGGUCAUCAACUUCACCUACGCCGUCCAUAACGAAUGGUACUUCGGCGCCGUUUACUGCCGCUUCCACAACUUCUUCCCCAUCGCCGCCAUUUUCGCCAGCAUUUACUCCAUGACGGCCAUCGCCCUCGACAGAUACAUGGCCAUCAUGCACCCCCUGAAGCAGCGGCUGUCCUCCACUGAGACCAGGGUGCUGAUCGGACUCAUCUGGGUUCUGGCUCUGUUACUGGCCUUCCCUCAGUAUCACUACUCCUCCACCACUUUACUGCCCGGAAGAACCGUCUGCUUCAUCGACUGGCCGGAAUACGCCACAGUGGACUUCAGGAAAAUCUACUAUGUAUCCGUGGCUCUGCUGAUUUACUUCCUGCCCCUGUGCAUCAUGGGAUGGGCGUACAUCACCGUCGCCGUCACCCUCUGGGCGAGUAAGAUCCCCGGCGACUCGUCGGAACACUACAGACAGCAGCUGGUCGCCAAGCGCAAAGUGGUGAAGAUGAUGAUCGUGGUGGUGUGCACUUUCGCCGUCUGCUGGCUGCCGUAUCACGUCUACUUCCUGCUGCACCAGUUCUUCCCCGAGCUCUUCGAGCAGCUCUACAUCCAGCAGGUGUACCUGGCCGUCAUGUGGCUCGCCAUGAGCUCCACCAUGUACAACCCCAUCAUCUACUACUGCCUCAACAGCAGGUUCAGAGCAGGUUUCCAGCAGGUGUUUUGUUGCUGCUCCUCCAGCGCCGCCAAAGAGGAGCUGGAGCUCAAAUCUCCCCGGUGUCUGCAAACCCAGGGGAGCAUUCGCGGCAGCCGGAUGGAGACGGUCGUUUCCAGCGCCGUGGAUCCUGCGGCGCCGUGCGCUCCUCCUCCCGCCCACGUGGACAGCGCCAACUGCGUCCCGGAGACGUUUGCCAGCACCUCCUGUUGAUUCCUCCAUGGAUGUGACGGUCAGUCGUUUCUAGGCCACCCAACCAUCUUCCAGGGCUAGGGCUGCGUGGAAACGGCGAGCAGAGCCAGCACCUGUUGGGCAGGAUUACCGGCGGCGUUUGGGCCAUGUGAGCAGCAGAGCUCGCUCCGCAGCAGGCGGAUCACCGGACGGCUAAAUAUAGAGGACCCAAAUAUAGUGGAGCGGAAAACAAAGCCCCUCCAGUUGUGAGGAUUUGCUCGUCACCAGACGGCAGUUUGGCUCCAGAACACAACAGAACCUGCUGUUUGACACACGCGUGGUCGGACAGGUGAGACUCACCUGCCACUUCCUGUUUGAUGUGACCGGCCUCUCCGUGUGGUUUCAGAGCUGCUGGACAGGUUCCCCCAAAGCAAAAACAUUGGUCUUUGAUUUGCUGCAGUUCUCUGGCUGCCAAAACAAGCCCGCAUCAUCAGCCCUCCACCGCCAUGCUUGACCAUAGCAAACCAAUGUUUUCCACAAACAUGGUUACAUGUGAAACUUCAUAUUUAAGGUUUCCUUCAAAUUAGAAUCAUAUCUGCUGACCUUUUGCUUCUGAGGCGCAUUUUUCCGCCUCCAUGAGGAACCCCGUUCUGUCCGGGGGUGUGGUUCCAAGUGAGAGGCGGAGCCUGGCCCCCACCUUCCACUCCUGGGGGAAAAAUCACAAAACUUCUUCUGGAUCCCUUUAAUCGGUUUAUCUGUUGUUGAACAGAAUGUUUGUUUAAUGUUCCCUUCUUCAGGCUACAAAAAAACUUUAUUGAACUCAAGUUUGUUAACAAUGAUUAAACAACAAACAAUUACAUGUGCACCUGUAGUCAAUAGUUAAACGAUGGAAAUUGUUGUGUGUGUGUGUGUGUGUGUGAAAUACAGUUUGUUGCUGAAAUUCA